AGUACUGUAAAGUUGACUUUGCUUCAUGUUUUAUUUGAAACUUCGUUUUUAAUUUUGUUUACCUAAGAACAACCCACAUUUCAAACUCAAAUUAGCCUAAUAGCUUAAAAUUAUAUUAUCUUUCGAGUUAAAUAUUCCUCAACUAUAUCUACUAUAAACUUUUGAAAUAAUAUGGAAGGUCCAGGCAUGAGCCUGUUUCAGGGUGCACCGAGCAUACAUGUAAAUAACAGUGCCCAAGACAGGUUGGAAGAACAGGAAGAACUGGAAGAUCAAAAACGACGAAAUGAGGAACUCAAACAUAAAUUGGCUAAUGCUUUCGAUGAUCUGUUAGACGAUGACGAAGGGAGUUCUGUAAACAGUAGUGCAAACUUUACUAUCGACGCUGUUCACACUAAUGGUACACAACAACCUAGAACAGGACUGCUACCCACAUAUGUUGAAUCUCUGAACCAUUUAAAAGAGCAACACACUCCAGAAUCUCCAAAACUAUAUUGUGGAACUCCAAAAAACCAUAUGGCUCAAAUGAGGCAUCAAGAUGAUCCUCUAAAACUCCCAUUUAGUCCUUAUGGAGCUGGUGAUGGUCAAAACUAUUGCUUCCAACAAGAUGUGAGAGGUCAUCUAAAUGGCAUGAAUAAUUUUGAUGCAAGGCAUGAGUAUAUGAAUAAUGAACAGCUAAAAGUUAUGUAUGAGAUGCGUGUGAAAGAAUGUCAACAAUUGGCAGCUCAAAUAGAAAAGCUGGACAGUGAAAUUGACAGCCUGCGAGCUAGACUUGCAGCUGCUGUCAGUGACCGAGAUAAAGCUGAUUUAUCACUGCAAGAAGCCCAUCAUUUGCUAGCAUCUAGCAAGCAUAAAUUGAUUGAGCUUGAACAACAAGUGAAUACUCUCACAGAAAAAUUAGUGGAGAGUGACCAAGAUAAAGAACAGCUUAAAAUAGAAUUGCGAUCAGCUAACAUUAGCCUACAGGAUGUUCAACAAAGGCUACAUACACUACAGGUUGCUCAUUCUCACGACACAGAUGCACUCUUCAGAGAACAGCAAGACAGACAUAGAGAUGAAACGGACAGACUGCAAAAUGACCUGUUAAAAGCCAAAAACAGACUUGAAGACAAAGAAAAAGAAAUAAAAACUCUAGAACGCCGCUGUAUGGAAAGAGAUAGAGAAAAAGAAGAAAUAAUGAUAGAAAAAGGUGCUACUAUAAACCGUCUAGCGGCUGAAUUAGAAGCGGCGCAAAGUAGAUUGGUAAAUGGAGAGGCGGCGCGGCUUAAGGAAAGAGUGGCGCAACUCAAUAGUGAGAGGAACACUGCCAGGGAACAAGUCAAGGAAUUAGGGUCUAAAUUAGAGGUAACGGCCCAUGAAUUGGUAUUAUGUCGAAACAAGUUAGCCUCCAGCCAAAAAGAACACGAAAAUUAUCGCGCAACGCUCAAUCAGAUACUUUGUGAAUCACUGCCGGAUGGUAAUUAUUUAGGAGAUACACCAUCACCAGGACGACUAGCAUCACUGAAGGAAGUUUUGAGUAGAUACAAAUUACAGUUACAGAAGUUGUCUACACUACAGGAAGAAAUUGUGAAAAGGGACAAGAAACUAGAACAUCACCGUAAACAAGAAUCGGAGUUUCGAUCGAAGAUAGAAGAACAUAAAGGUAUAGAAAUGCAGUUGAACUCAUGCAUCGCCGUACUGCAGAACAAACUUGAACUGUUGGGAAGCAAUACAGAUAGUGAACUCCUUGAAAGUUACAAACAGCAAAAUGAGCGGCUGCAAUCGGAGAUAGAAGAGAGUAGAGCUGAACUAAAAAAACUAGAUAUCAAAUGCACAGAACUGGAGAUGGAAUACGAUAAAAUGAAAUCUGAGAAGGGUAGCCGGGCUUCUAUAGUACAAGAUGCAAAUGCAGGCUUGCUGCGUGAAUUGGAACGAUGUAGCGCACAACUUAAAGAGACUCUCAAAGAGAAUGGGGAACUGAAAAAUUUGUAUCUGCAGGCUUGCAGUACCCGUGAUGCUACAUCCAGAGAAUUAAAAGACAUACAAACAAAAAUACAAAAAGAAAAGGAGUUCUUCAAAUCACAGGAGAAAGAGUAUGUCGAAAGAAUAGAGAAAGAAAAACAACAAACCACAAAACUAACAUCUGAUCUUAAUAACUCGAAAGAAGAACUAGACAAAGCUAAUAAAAGAAUAUCUGAGUUACAAAAGGAAUUUACAGAUAAACAAAGAGAGUUUACUGAUAGACUCAACAAGUAUCUUGCAGAUGAGAAAAGUGCUAUGCGGAAAGAAAUGGAACCAUGUACACAAUGUGAAAAACAUAUAAAACAUAUUCGGUACAUUGACGAUCAACUUAGCAAAUGUAACAUUAAAUUAGCGUCGCAGGAGAGUAAUGAGGAGUUGAUGCGAGAACUGAAAGGGAAAGCCGAAUUCUUCCAACAGUACAUAGUGGAUCGCUUCCGCAAGUUGGGCGAGCAACGCAACGUGGCCACUAAUACUGAUACAACCAAUACUUCUACUCCCACCACCUGUGACGAUCAGGACGAUCGUGAUAACCGUGAUAACCAUGAUGACGACGGUGGUCUUGCUGCAAAGACAACUUUAAUGAUGAGAGAAAAAGCAAUAAGAGACCAAAUAGCUGAAAAAUUUACAUUGGAAAUGAAAACAAUGGAAAUGAAUUGUGCAAGACGAAUUAAAGAAAUGGAGAAUGAACAUCUCAACACUAUAUCUAAAUUAAAAGAACUUCUAGAACGAAAAGCCCAGGAAGUAGAAACUUUGAAAGAGUUUAUACUUACGGAACGAGCGAAGGUGACACAAAUACUUGAAUCUAAGGAAAAUGAAAUUUCAGUGCUCAUAAAAGAUCACAAUGAAUUGCAAAUGGAAUGUCAAAAGGCCAAAGAUAGUGUUGUAGAGUGGAGAUUGAAAGCCGAAAGGUAUAAAGAACGAGCAACGCGAUUCGGUUCACUAGAAGACGUGUUGAAGAGUGAAAGGGAUUUAUGUGCAAAGGAGCGACAUGCCAUGAAGACAAAAUUAACAGAUUUACAAGCUAAGCAAUCACAACUUGACGAGAAAUAUGAAAAAUUACAAUUAGAACAUAAAAUUUUACAAGAUAAAUAUAAGAAUGCUAAGAAAACAGUGUUUACUUAUAAGGAUUAUGUGACGAAGAAGGAUGCACAUGUUAACAAUGAAAUAAAUCGAAUACAAGAUGAAUACAGGAAGAUAUUUUUGAAAUUACAAAAUCAAAUAAACUAUCAUGUAAACCGUAGGAUACAAGAAGAAAGAAAUAAAGGAAAACAUGCACAAACACAUGACUGUGAUUUUACCGAAAAAAUUAAUAAACUAAAUGAAGAUUUCGCUCAACUUACGCAAUCUCGGUUUAAAGAUGUACCUGAUUUGAAUAAUCAGUGACAA